CGGGGUGGCCGGGCGGCCUCGGGGGAGCGGGGCGCGCCAGCUCGGGGAAGCCGGGGCACGCGGAUGAAGCCGAAGCUGCGGGGUCUCGGCGGAUCCUGGUCGGCGCGGCGCUGUUCCCAGGGGAGCCCCGGAAGCCACCCGCCAGAAAAAAGAUGCCUGCCUUCAACAGAUUGUUUCCCCUGGCUUCCCUCGUGCUCAUCUUCUGGGUCAGCGUCUGCUUCCCUGUGUGUGUGGAAGUGCCCUCGGAGACGGAGGCCGUUCAGGGCAACCCCAUGAAGCUGCGCUGCAUCUCCUGCAUGAAGAGGGAGGAGGUGGAGGCCACCACCGUGGUGGAAUGGUUCUACAGGCCCGAGGGCGGUAAAGAUUUCCUUAUCUAUGAGUAUCGAAACGGCCAGCAGGAGGUGGAGAGCCCCUUCCAGGGACGCCUGCAGUGGAAUGGGAGCAAGGACUUGCAGGAUGUCUCCAUCACUGUGCUCAACGUCACCCUGAAUGACUCUGGCCUCUACACCUGCAACGUGUCCCGGGAGUUUGCUUUUGAAGCACAUCGCCCCUUUGUGAAGACCACACGGCUGAUUCCCCUCCGAGUCACCGAGGAGGCUGGAGAGGACUUCACCUCUGUGGUCUCAGAGAUCAUGAUGUACAUCCUGCUGGUCUUCCUCACCUUGUGGCUGCUCAUUGAGAUGAUAUAUUGCUACAGGAAGGUCUCAAAGGCCGAAGAGGCGGCCCAAGAAAAUGCGUCUGACUAUCUUGCCAUCCCGUCAGAGAACAAAGAGAGCUCCGCGGUCCCCGUGGAGGAGUAAGAAGGGCGGGCCUGAGGUGAUGUACCAGGAAGGGCAGGGAAGUGGCAUCAGGAUGGCUGCUUGUCAAAGUGGCUCUGUCCACCCACAUCCAAGUGACUUUCAAUCUGACCCCUUAGACUUCUACCCUACCCAGAGUCCCCACCCUCAGGGUAUUUCUUUUCUUCAGUGAUGCCCAGGUCAGGCCCUUCAGCUCUACGUCAAGCCCUUCAGAAGGUGAAUUGCUUUGGCCUGAGGGUUGGAGCAACUUGGACUUCUUACCACAGCGACAAAAAGUCAUCCCCCCACUCCCUCCUUGUAAGGACUGUGGAUUUGGUGAGAGUCUUUGGCUGGGCUGGACGGGGCCAGGCCGGAAAUUCUGAGUGAGUUGUUUUAUCAUUGGUAGGUGGUCUGGACACUGAAGGACUGGAUAUCCCAGGUUCAGUGCUGUCAACAGCACCAGGAGGGUGCCCCACGGGCCACAUCGCUUCCCUUCUUGCCUCCCUCCUUCUAUUCACUCAUCAUGCAUCCGCUCACCUCUGAGCUUUCACCUCUGACUUCCUGACUCCAUCAGACCUCUACACACCAGAAGACUUUGCCAGAACUGAGGAGCUUACAUUUCUACACCGACUCAAGCUCGCCCUGUCCCAGCUUUCAAGCAAGGAGCUCCCAUGCCAACUGGCCUUCUUCCCUGCGAUCUGAAUGACUUUGUACAAAUGUUGGAGAUGGCACAUCCCUUUGUCCCUGACUGGCUGGAACUGGCUCAUUCUUCACUGCUGCAAGUGAAUGGAUGUCUUAAUGGAAGGAAGCAGGAAUGAAUAAUUCGGGUUAAAAUAAGAGUGUUGUGGUGUGGGAUUCCUUGAAGUCAGUUUUUUCACAUUCCUGGCCCACUUACUAGAGCAUCAGAGCAAAGCAUGCCUUUCUAGAUUCUUCGGUGAUAGAAAGUUUACUAAGCAUGGACCACAAUGUUCUCGGAACUUGGUAUUCUAGGGCUAGAUCCCAAUAGGUCUCUCGAAGGCCUAUGUUGGGCUCAGUCCUUCAAGAAGCCAAAGACAGAAGUGGCUCUUAAAAGUCAUACAACGUGUUCCUAACCCUCUUAGGGUAAUGUGCAUUGGAACAGAAAUUCCUACAUUCUUCCUCUCAGAAUUCCUGUAGAUCAGUAUUAUUCCUCAUUUUAUAGGAGACAACUGGGCCUCAGACUGAGCUCAACUAAAGAGACUUCAGAGGAUAAACUGAAGCAUAGUAAGCCUGAGGUUGCUGCCCAGUUGAGACUUUCGGAGAUGGGAUCCUUUCGUUUUUAAAAAGAUCUUGAAACUGGGCUUGGCCACGGCCAUGCCUCUCUCACAAGCACAGGGGUGGAGUGCCCGGCUGAGGUUAACUGAUGGAUCCAGGUAACCGGAAGCUGGCCGAAAGGCACAGAGCAGGACAUGGGGUACACUGGAAGAAUUUCCUUAGGGAAAAGAUUUGUGAACAUGAAAAAUCCUCCAGCAGGAGGUUGCAUCUGGGAAUAUUUAAACUAAGAAAUGUGCUUUUUAGUCUCAGAUGGAUGAUGUGUGAAUGAGUGAAGUGACAAGAAGGACAGAUUCGGUGGCUUCCAAACAUUUCACCCGUGAAUCCAUGAUGUCUAGUUGUUGGGGGUAUUUUUUUUUUUUUGUGGAUUUGGGGAGAGCAGAGGCACGCUGAAAAAAUUUUACCAUCUCGUGUCAUUUUAAUUGAGUGACUGGUCCAAGGGUGAUGUCCUUGAGCACCUAGGGAGGAGGAAGGGGGAGCCUGCUUUAUGGGAUAUGAGAGCUUGUAAGUGGUGGGGCUCAGCGAGUGAGAGGUCCCUCAGACCUGGGGGGACUUAUGGGGAAAGAUCACACUCCGCUGGCGCUGGGCCUCACCCGACACUUUUUUUUUUUUCCCAACUCUUCCAUCCUUAGGGGGAGUAAUUGAAACAAGUCCUUGUUCACAUCUACAAAGUCCAAUUUUAUUGAAGAAAAUACUUGCAGUAAACUCAAGGCCUUUCUCAGCGGUGAUUUUCCACACACUUCCUCUGACAUAGGGGACAGAAUAUGGAUCAUUUUUCAUGCUUUGCAGUUAGGAAGAUGGGCGCAGAUUGGUGUGAGGUCUCCCAGCCCCAUGGCUGCGGGUGGCCGAGCUUAUGGCAGCAGCUACUUACUACCAGCCUACCGUCCUCUUGCUUCUAGUAGAUGAUACAUCUCACUCCGAAUCAAGCCGUAUGCAUGAUGGCAGCCUUUUUUUCUUUUUAAAAAGCCCAACCCAGGUAUUUCCUAAGUGGUUUUUAAUGAGCUCAAUGGCACCUAUCAUCCUCCCCCCCGCCCCCGCCCUGGCCAUUUAUCUUUUACAAGGUAUCUUCCCUCUUCUUUUCUUUUUCUUAACUUCUCCACCCUUCCCAUCCUCAACUGUCAUUAGAGCGAUUUGGCUUACACAGUGCUUUCGUCUCUGCUACCUUAGUUCUCCUCAGCAGGCCCUGUGACGUGGGUAUUAACUGAUACCCAAGUAACAGAUGAGCACACUGAGGCUGCCUGAGGCCGAGCAGCUUUACAUCCUACCUUCCUACAGCUGGUUAAGUGGAGAGCUGUCUCACCUUCGCCUGUCUUGCAUGUCCCGAGGUGUUGGACGUCUCUCACCCCAACCCCACUCGGCGGCUCCUCUGCCACUUUGCUUCUAGCAGCUGCUUGCAAGUGUGCUUUGAGGGUCUGUCUAGUUUUGGUUUUCUCCUUCUGGUUGGUUUGCACAUCGCUCUUUCUCCUGAAUUGCAACUCAACUCCUUCCUGGGAGACUUGAUCAGGACUACAAAACUAAGGGUACUGUGAUCCCCAACCUGCUCCAGAUCCUCCCCACUCUCCAUUUCUCCCCAUAUUCCUCAAGGACCCAGACCAAAUGUGCAUUGCUCUAGAAAAUUCAUCUGGCAUGUUGUUCUUAUUAAAGGGCUUAGAAAUGUUCUCAAGGGCUACUAUUAAUUUAGGAACCCCAUCUGUUGUCUUGGUGCUGGAUAUUUCCCAUGACUGAUCCCUAAAUAACACUAAAGGCCAAGCAAGGCUGGGUCUGAAUUUUCUUUUCCUACUGCUUAACAGCCAAGAACUUGAUUGCUCAACUCAAUUGGCGCUGUAGACACCCUGCCCUCCUGACCUUUACUGCCAGCUGAAGUCUUAGAGCACAAGCCCGACUCCUGCAUGCUAAUACCAUUGACAGAGCCUGUCCCUACCCCAACCUUUAUUUUCUAUCUGUUUAAAGUCUUGAUCCUUUACUUUCUCUGUCCCCCAACACCCCCACACCCAGAUUUCUGAUUCUCUGAGUUUCUGCUUUCUCUGUCUAUGCCCAACUAGACAGGUUAGUAGGAAAGGACUUUUUCAAAGCAGGAAUAUGCUGAAGACACAUGUACAGCAGUGAAUGGUUGAGAUAGUAGCCUCCUCCUCUCCCCACAAAACUACUAGAUCAAAAAAGGAAAGCACACCCAACUCAGAAUCUGUGAACCUACCUGACAUCAGAGGGGAGAGGCUGUAUAAUUGGCAUCUUUGCAGGAAGACUCAAGAGCCAGACACAUUUCGGAGCAGAUCUUGGUUCCCUUUCCCCCAGUUAACACAGAAGUGGAAAAAUACACCAAAAAAAGCUUUCCUCUUCCCUCCUUUUGUAAAUGAAAUUCCCCAACCCAGUGAAUUCACCUAGUCUCCGUGAGUGUAUCUGAGUAGUACUGGUGUGUUCAUCCUCCGAUGUUCAUCCAUUCUGCAUUUCAACAUGCACUCUGUCUCGAGUACCAAUCUGGAGCCUCAGUGUACCCCAUGGCCUUAGGUCUGCGAAAUACCACCAUCCAAGGUCUUCCUAAUCUCUGAAACUCCACUGUGGUAGGUAACUGGUGUUGAACUAUCUUGAGUUUGUAGUAGGACCCAGUAGAUAAGCACAUGAAGCAAGUCUGAGUUGUGGUAGGUCAGACUUAAGCCCUACUAUAGACCAGCUAAGCCCCAAAUCUGGUAAUAACCCCCUUUUCCCCUGAAUCACCAUCUGGCAAGAGCUGCAUCUGAUGGCAGUGUGUGUGAUGGGGGGUGGCGGUGGGGCUGCGGAAGCACGAGUGCUUGCAGAUUUGAGAAACACCAUCAAACACAAUUAGCAAACUCUUGCACCUGAUGGAUCUCUUUGCCCCAUUGUCACCUUCAUACUGCUUGUUCUCGGUUUCCCCCAGCCAACCUUUUCCUGAACUCUAGAAAUGUUGUUCCCGAUCACCCAAGCUCUCCACAACCUAAUGCCAGUAUGUAGUGUUUUCCAGGAAAUACCCUGUUUGUGUCAAUAAAGUGUCUCUAAAUGCA